GAAUCUUGGACUGUAACCUUCCCAAGCUUGAAUACAAACAUCAAGAAACAGUGACAAGUUUGAGAGCCAACACGUUAUCAGCCAAACCGAACCAAGAGGAAAAAGAAUAUUUGAGAAGGCUCCCAGCAUCUCAUGAAUGAACUAACGGAACUCGAUAAUGCUGGUUCUCCAGAGCCAGGUCUACGGCUCAGAAAAGGACACAUGUCUGACACUGCAACAACACAGGCACCCUUUGAAGAGGACAGCUGUGAGCAGAGGCUUCUUUUAGUGGAUCCGCCUCUGUCUUCUGCCCAGGAAAAUUGUUCUGAGGAUUAUAAACACAAUGAUGAGUCACCUCAAGAAGACGAAGGGUUUAUGGGUAUGUCACCUCUUCUACAAGCCCACCAUGCUAUGGAGAGAAUGGAAGAAUUUGUGUGUAAGGUAUGGGAGGGCCGAUGGAGAGUCAUUCCCCAUGAUGUUCUGCCUGACUGGCUAAAGGACAAUGACUACCUGUUGCAUGGACACAGACCACCCAUGCCUUCCUUCCGGGCUUGUUUCAAGAGUAUCUUCAGAAUACAUACAGAGACUGGUAACAUCUGGACACAUCUUCUAGGAUGCGUGUUCUUCCUUUGUCUGGGAAUCUUCUACAUGUUCCGGCCAAACAUGUCCUUUGUAGCACCUGUGCAGGAGAAAGUGGUUGUUGGAUUGUUUUUCUUGGGAGCCAUACUCUGCCUCUCCUUCUCAUGGCUCUUCCACACAGUUUAUUGCCACUCAGAAGGUGUUUCCCGGCUCUUCUCCAAGCUGGAUUAUUCUGGUAUUGCACUUCUCAUAAUGGGCAGCUUUGUACCAUGGCUGUACUACUCCUUCUAUUGCAACCCUCAGCCUUGCUUCAUCUACUUGAUUGUGAUUUGUGUCCUGGGCAUCGCAGCCAUAAUUGUCUCACAAUGGGACAUGUUUGCGACCCCUGAAUACCGGGGUGUAAGGGCAGGAGUAUUUCUAGGUCUGGGUCUUAGUGGGGUUAUUCCCACCCUGCACUUUGUCAUCUCUGAGGGGCUCCUGAAAGCAGCCACAAUGGGGCAGAUAGGCUGGCUGGCACUCAUGGCAUGCCUGUACAUCACUGGUGCUGCACUAUAUGCUGCCCGCAUCCCGGAGAGAUUCUUCCCUGGCAAGUGUGACAUCUGGUUCCACUCCCAUCAGCUGUUUCACGUCUUUGUAGUGGCUGGCGCAUUUGUGCACUUCCACGGGGUUUCAAACCUCCAGGAGUUCCGUUUCACAGUUGGAGGAGGCUGCACGGAAGAAGAUGGGAUGCAGUAAAACCAGCCUUCAGCCCAAGAUAGUAACCAAAAUAGCACCGCAAGCGCGGUUGAAGCAUACAGGCUAGCAAAAUGAAUACCUAAGAAGAAUCCAAGUUUCAACUGAUGGGGCAUGGAGCUUCAUGGGGAUUCUGACUAACCAAGAUAAAUUCUAUACCUCAAGCAAUGGAAUGAAUCAAUUUGAAGACCAGGAAAUUCUGAAACCCUAACUUAUUCUUGGGAUCUACAGAUUGAGCUACAGAGGACCCUUUCCAAAUCGGCUUCUGUUCAAUGCCAUAUUUAUUUGUAGAAUUGGGGAGGGAUAGCUUAGCAGUUUCCUUUUUUUUUUUUUUUUUAAAAAAAAAAUCAAGGUUAAAUUUAUAUCCUCUUGGAGGGUUUGGGAGUUGAUUUUAGAUGCUCUUUUGGGAGAAAAAAAUUGUAAAUAAGAUUUCUAACUUUCUGUUUAAAUAAAAUUUAUAUAAAUGUUUUAAACAAUGGGUGGGGGGAAAAGGGGUUUUGUAAAGAAUGCAACAUGCAAGUACCACACACUGUUUCAAUUUUGCACAAAAUAAAUGAUUGCAGGAGGACCAGGUAAAAUUCCCAGGAGUGAAGCACGUUGGCCCUGCAGAUUUUCCUGGUGGCUGGCAUGCCCUGGGCAAUGUGGGGUCCUGGCCAGCACUUGGAGUAGGUUCAGUACGUGUACACAAGGGUUGUGAAGGCUGAAUUAAUUACAUCGUCAUUCAGGUCACAGUGUUAGGAGGUUUAUUUACUCAAGUAACUGGAAAGAUACAUCUGUGCCCUGCCUAAGUGUGUGGGACAGCUGCCUUCCAAGCUUGUGUGGCCUGUAUAGUUUUGGAUAGUGGAUCUUACAGUUGUUUUGUUUCUCAUCAUAUGAAUUGGAGCAUGAUGGGAUAACUGCACAUGAAAUGGCAAACAGUCCAACUCCAUCAGUGCCUGCCUAUACCCAAAGGCCCCCAUUGAGUCGAUGGUUGCCAUUUGCAGGCCUGUUCUGUUUUGUCUGAACAAAUGAUGGUAAUACAUUUGUCAAAAGAUAGUUGAGCAUGUGAGGGGAAACAGAGGUGGGGUUAAGAUGGACUGGAAAGAGGAAGCUGUGUGCUCCAGGACUUGGAGUUAAGAGCUACUGCAGACCUCAAGCACAUUACCUUCUCAUGUGUCAGACCAUAUGCCAAGGGAGUUUGCAGGUUUUUCUUUUUAAGAGGAAAAAUCCACGAUCAGCCCAAUGCAGUUCCUUUUUUUUUUUUUUCUUAAAAUUUUUUUUUCCUUAGGUCUGCUUCCCAUCUGUGCUUUAGCAAUGGGACUGCUGGUAUUUCUUAAACCUAAAACUACGAGUUCAGUUGGAUUGCUGUGGAGCAAAUGCACCUCCUAUAUAAGGGGAGGCAUAUACCCUUCUCCUGUGUAAUUGAUGUAGCUUGAUCUUUGGAGCCCAGUCAGAAGUCAGACUGAAGGAGAAUCUUUGGAGUUGUAAGAUGAGAUUUGAACAUUUUGUUUGUUAUGGCACAGGUAUUGCUUGGAGUGUUUAGUUGGAAAUUCAGAGCAAUUACCUCUCUCACAGAUGAGUUAAACAGCUAUGAAAUGCUGUAUUUCACAAGGAAGGAAGGUAAAGGGUGGGGUUUUUGUUGUGUGGGGUUUUUUGUUGUUGUUUGUUUGUUUUUUAAGACUCCUGCAAGUUUGAAUUUUCAUCCUUAAAGAGGAAAAUGUGGAUUGCAAAGAUCUUCCUUGCAUAUCACGGAGUGUGUUUUGGGGAGUUACUUUGCCCAACGAAGUCAAGUAGAAGCAGAAUGCCUUCCUAAAGUUGACUGGAUAUUAAGGCUUCACCCCACGAAUGGAGUCUUUGUAAAGCUUCUGAGAGCAAGGUCAGCUGCAGAAAGAGGUGCUGCAGCAGAGUCUGUGAGCUUAGAGGGGUGUGUUCUCAGUAGGAUCACUACACUGGAUGCCUGUAGGGCCAGAAGUAGUUUAUCACAGGUCUGUGUGGUACUAAAAUGAAGUAAAGAGCAGUAUUAACUUGGAUGUAAGGGCUAAUAGCACUGGCAUCCUGGACAAAGAUGUAGAGUUGCCUGGCAGUAAGUAUACUGGUAUCUGAGAAAAGUGUGGUACAUAUCAGAAUCAGAGUUGUCUGUAAGGCGCUUUGGGAUACCUCUGUAACAGUACCAGCAGAAGUGGCAGUCUCCAUCCUGGAUCAUCCCACGUUCGCUCCUUGAAGGGUGAUUGUAACCUGGUCCUACACAGCACAGAACUAUUACAAAAACACAGUACUCCACCUGCUAUUCUUAACCCAGUCAGUCUCUCCAUUCAAGAAGUUUGUGUGUUCCAAUAAAAACAACCUAGCUGUGCACUUUUCUGUAGCUCUUGCUGAGAACUCUUCCCAGGUUGGCACCUGAAUGCCUUACUCUCAGCAGUCAGAGGCUUGCUUGCUCUGUGUGCAGGUUAUUGCCAUAGAAUAGUUAGGACCUACAGCUUCUUUCCUUCCCCAUUAAAUAGUGGCCUUGUUCAGUAUAUUUCUUUUUAAAAAUUGCUUACUGUUGGAAGCAAUGAAGCACAUUCUGGGGUUUUGAUGGUUGGGGACUCUGGUGAUGGUUCCAUAUAAGAUGGGAUCUUAUUACUUGCUGUAUUCUUAACUUCUGCUAAUAAAAGAACCAAAUG